ACCAUGAGAGCCGACUCCGGGACUCGGCUGGAGGAGGGCCCCCCGCGUCCUCCACGAGCCCUUCCACCUGUGCCAAGUGCUAUUCAAGAUGAUGUUCCACUUAGUCGUCCUAAGAAAAAGAAGCCCAGAACAAAAAACACACUAGCCAGUGCUUCUUUGGAAGGCCUUGCUCAGACUGCUGUUCGUAGGCCAUCUGAGAGCAGUGAGCCACCUACUAAAGAGCUUGAAGAGCAUCCAGAGGCUCCUGUUCAAAGGAGACAGAAGAAGAUGAGGCCACCUAUUGAAUUGGAGACUUCCUUCACCCAAAAGAAAACAUCUGGUUCAUCUUUAUUACAAGACGAAAAUAAUAUUGAUGGGGAGCCAGCUGAGGAGGCAGUUAUUCAGAAACCUCGAAGGAAGACAAAGAAAACCCAGCCAGCAGAAUUACAGUAUGCCAAUGAGCUAGGAGUAGAAGAUGAAGAUAUAAUUACUGAUGAGCAAAAUAGUCCAGAACAACAGUCUAUAUUCACUGCGCCCACUGGUGUUAGCCAGCCUGUAGGCAAAGUUUUUGUGGAAAAAAGCCGGCGAUUCCAGGCUGCUGAUCGUUCAGAAUUGAUAAAGACCACAGAAAACAUAGAUGUGUCAAUGGACAUGAAGCCUUCCUGGACCACCAGAGAUGUGGCACUUUCAGUGCACCGGGCUUUCAGGAUGAUUGGUCUCUUUUCUCAUGGCUUCUUGGCUGGCUGUGCUGUGUGGAAUAUUGUUGUGAUAUAUGUUCUAGCAGGAGAAGAGCUAUCUAAUUUCUCAAACCUUCUGCAACAAUACAAGACCUUAGUAUAUCCAUUCCAGAGUCUUCUCUACUUGCUUUUGUCUCUUAGUACAAUUUCAGCUUUUGACAGGAUUGACUUUGCUAAAACAUCAAUAGCAAUUCGAAAUUUUUUGGCCUUGGAUCCAACAGCUUUAGCAUCUUUCUUGUACUUUACUGCUCUUAUACUAUCUCUGAGUCAGCAAAUGGCAAGUGACAGAAUCCACCUUUACACACCUUCUUCUGUUAAUGGUAGUCUCUGGGCAGCAGGAAUUGAGGAACAGAUUCUCCAGCCAUGGAUUGUGGUGAAUCUGGUGGUGGCUCUUCUGGUUGGAUUAUCUUGGCUUUUUAUGUCGUAUAGGCCAGGCAUGGAUCUUAGUGAAGGUAUUCUAGAAAAAAUAGUAUAA